AUUCAGUAGGACUUAACAAAGUGACAUCAGCGCCAAGUAAGCUGUAGCGGAUGUCUAAAGGAUGUAGUACGUGCGAAAGUGAUCUCAUGAAUUCUUCAAGUUACGUUUUUCUUGGCGUAAGUUCGUUUAUAUGCUAUGUAUGAUACAGACGUAUGGCAGAUGGGGUGUACUAUAUAAGACGUUCAUCGUCGACGUGGUAAUACACAUUUACUUUAUAUUAUAACUUUGGGAACCGUGUUGGUUAUUACUGUUUCUAUUUUUAUAUCUCUUGAACGCUGACUUGUACGUUUAAAUACGUUUAAUAUUGUCGGCACAUUUCGUUUCCUUCUCAGUAAAGUAACAAGAAUUUCUCAGACGAAAAAAGAGAGAUUUCCUAUAUACUGACUGACACAUAAUAUACCAAUUGAAGAAGAAAGCUUUUCUUUGUAAAUUUAACAUAAAUUUCUUAAAUCAUGGACAAACGUAUAAAGGUCGGUGGAUUAGUUGCUGCUGGUGCAGCUGUUGCUUAUAUGUUUAUGAAUCGCAAUAAACAGCCAGCAAACCAAUUGGAGCAGAAAAAUGCAGACUUUGUCAAUGCAAUUGAACGAGAAGGACGUCGUUUCGAUCGUGCCGUAGGUGAUACUGCGGAUAAGGCGAAGACAUUCGUGCAAGAUAGUAAAGACAAGGUCGUGAAUGAAUUGGAAAAACCUCGUGAAGAUGCGCAUGAACUAGAAGGAGAAGUUAAGACAAAAACAAACGAAGCGUUAAAUUCCCCCAAUAAAAAAGACCAGUCUAAAUGGUUUUAAGGGUUAACGACGCGCAUCUUCAAACACAUCUCACACCGCUAGAGGAUGCCAAGAAAAAGACGACUGACCUUCUCUUCUUAAUCGUCCGGAAUUGAGAACAGCUAGUAUGAUUUUUUUGUAUUUUUUUUUCUUGCGCUCUCAUGCCAUUUCUUACUUACGAUGAUGAUUAAAAUUUCUACGAUACUCAAAACAAUAUAUGAAUGAAUGAAUUUAAUUCCAUGCCAAAAAAAUAAAUUGCAACAAGCAAGUACUCUAUAUUCC